AUGUCUGUCGCCUCCUCCCACCACCUGCGGCCGUCGCUGGCGGGCCCGGCCCGGCGCCCGGGCUGCGCCGCGGCGCCGCGCGUGUCGCUCUGGCCAGCCGGUGCCUCGCCUCCGUAUCGCGGCCGCUGCACCGUCGUGGCGGCGGCGGCGCCUGCCGCGGGCGCCGGCGGCGGCGAGGCAGCCUCGGCCCCCGCCGCCGUGUCGGCGGUCGCCCCCGCGGCCGCCUCCAGGGACAAGGUGCGGCGCCACACGAUUUCGGUGUUCGUCGGGGACGAGAGCGGCAUGAUCAACCGGAUCGCCGGGGUCUUCGCCAGGAGAGGCUACAACAUCGAGUCGCUCGCCGUGGGGCUCAACAAGGACAAGGCCCUCUUCACCAUUGUCGUCUCCGGGACCGACAGGGUGCUCAACCAAGUCAUUGAGCAGCUCAAUAAGCUUGUCAACGUCCUUGCUGUGAAAGAUUUAUCUAAAGAACCUCAGGUUGAAAGAGAGCUGAUGCUUAUAAAACUAAGCGUUGAACCUGAUCAGCGCCCUGAGGUCAUGGUUUUAGUUGAUAUUUUCAGAGCAAAAGUUGUUGAUAUAUCUGAGAAAACACUUACCAUAGAGGUAGCUGGAGAUCCUGGCAAAAUUGCUGCAGUGCAGAGGAAUCUAAGGAAAUUCGGAAUCAAAGAAAUUUGCAGGACAGGAAAAAUUGCUUUGAGACGUGAAAAAAUUGGUGCAACAGCCCGUUUCUGGCAAUUUUCUGCUGCUUCUUACCCAGACCUUAUAGAGGCAUUGCCGAAAAAUCCAAUUACAUCUGUAAAUAGGACAGUGAAUGGCAGUUUUGAUCAACCAUCCAAUGCUGGGGCAACUGGACUUCGCUCGCAUACCCUCUCCAUCCUUGUGAAUGACUGUCCUGGUGUCCUCAACAUUGUAACAGGAGUCUUUGCUCGCAGGGGCUACAAUAUACAGAGCCUUGCUGUUGGCCCAGCUGAGAAGGAAGGCAUUUCACGUAUUACAACAGUUGUUCCUGGUACUGUUGAAUCCAUUGAGAAGUUAGUUCAGCAGCUUUACAAGCUUGUUGAUGUGCAUGAACUUACUGGAGAUUUUGACAAGAUGGUUGCACUACAAAGGUUAUUGGAGCCAUAUGGCAUCUGCGAGGUCGCCAGAACUGGACGAGUGGCACUGGUCCGUGAAUCGAAGGUCGACUCAAGUACCUACGCGGCUACUCUCUUCCAUUGUAGCCUGGCAUUUGUGAUGAUGGCUGGCCCGAUAAAGAGCUUGGUUGGUUGUUAUAGAGCAGACCAUCUCGCGCUGGGUUGUGUUGUGCAAUUACAGGACUUGUUUCUUUUAUGUGGUGAACUCCUGGCCUCCGUGUUCAAUAAUGUCCUCCCCCGCUCUGAGAAUGAGGCUGCCAUGCUCGAUCUCAUACAAGUUGUAGUCGACCAUGUGUGUUAUGCAUUUUUGACGGGUUCUCAUCAGCGCCGCCAACAACAAGCAGCAUGGCGCUGCGGUGUCCCUGUCAACAUCCACAAAGAGGAUAUCUACAGACCGGAGGCGGUAUUCAGCAGCUACCGCACCAACAACAAGUACAAGGACGUUGUGGUAGCCAAUAUCUUGUCCACUCUAUGCAUUGUCCAGACAUAUGACGGGUACAAAAAAAGUACAAACAGACAGCUAACCAACCAGUUAGAUGACGAUGAUGCCCUUAAUCUGAAGUACUUAACUAGUUUUGUACUGAUAUUCUUUGAAAACAUGGUCAAGAGAAAGAAGGCUGAAAUUUCCGAUUGGAAGGAUAGAAAUAAGUGGACCAGUAUUACUUUCAAGCCUGAUCUUGCAAAGUUCGGUAUGUCUAAAUUAGAUGAUGAUAUUGUUGGCCUCAUGAGGAAGAGAGUAGUUGAUUUUGCGGGCUUGCUUAGCAACACUGUGGAUCUGCUAAAUUGGAUGGAGAAAAGCUGCAUGAUACAUGAGAUUGUAAAUGACAGGUGGGAGGUAUGCGUGUGUCUAAGAGAAGGGCAACAGUUUGAACAGCUUUGUCAACCAGUUUGCAACAACAAGGGUGGAACUCAUGUUGAUUAUGUGGCUGACAAAAUUGCCACCCAUGUGGCAGAUACAAUGAGUCAAAGUAGCAAAGAUGCUUCGUUCAAAGCACAAACUGUGAAAAGCCAUUUAUGGAUUUUCAUUAAUUCUUCCAUUGAUAACCCGACCUUCGAUUCAUAG